AACCACAUAAUCCUACUUUUCGUUUCUUUCUCACUCCAACGCUACCUUUAAAUUCCUCACUUUUCCUACUUUUCUUGAAAGUUUUUUCCUUUUCCCAGGAAAGAUUAUGGCUACCUGGAGGAGAUGUCAUGAUCAAACAACUUACCGCCAUGAAUCCAAAAACAUGGCCCGUCAACCACGGCACUGGAAGCCUAAUGAUGUUGUUUAUCGUAACGGUGACAUGCAUGAUCAGUCUCAGCCUAAUGAUACACUGUCAUUUGAGAACAAUUUCUGCUGGAUAGUUGGGGGAAUGUCACGGGAAUGGUUUGAAGAUGCAAAGAAGAACAUACAUUUGUCGGACAAGGUCAUGCAGUGGAAUGAUUCGGCAGCGAAAGAAGCUUUCUUCGAUGCAAAAACUCGACUUUGGGCAGAGUUCAGGAAUUGUCCUCCCUAUAUUUCUCUACCAAGUCCAGAUAUUUACAUCGACAACAUUGACUGGAAUUCUGAUAAUGAAACUGAGGAUCUUGACGAUCAAUUCUUAUCAAUCUCGGACGUGGAGGCUGAUGCUCAGGAAGUUGACGGAGAUAAUGUCUUUCCGGCUAGUUUUUACAUACCACUGGAUCAAAUCAAGGCUACAGGAUGGGAUGAUUUUUAGUUUCAGGCACAAUGAAUUAAGCUUGUAAUAAUUGAGUUUUAGAACAAACUUUGUUGUUUUAUGAUUUUACUAUCAUGUUAUUGUUAUUGAAUUUUUUGCUAUAAUAGUUUCUUAACAUUAGCUUCUUGUCUAUAUUUAAAGAUAUUGCCUUGUUUCAUAACUUCAAUUCACUUCAGAUAAGCCGUUGUUGUUGCAAUAAUCUUAAAGAAAACAG